CCAGUUCGCUCCCUUCUCUUUGAUUUCUCUCCAGAUAUCGCAGACAAGAAAAAGGAUUAAUUUGGGACUUACCUGUUCCCAAUCUUGAAAAUCACGAGCUGUGGAAAACAAAUUGAAGAAUAGAAGAAAUCCUCUGGCAAUUCUGCAACUAUGUCUAUGAAGAAAGAGGUGGUCAUUCGGCAGGUCUGGGCCGAUAAUUUACAAGCAGAGUUUGAUCUUAUUAGGCAAAUCAUUCCUCACUAUCCUUUUGCUGCAAUGGAUACCGAGUUUCCUGGAGUGAUCUUUCAUCCAAAUAUUGAUAAAAGAUUAUAUCCUCGUCUCCAUCCUGUUCACAACUAUCAACUCAUGAAGGUGAAUGUUGAAGCUUUGAAUAUCAUUCAACUGGGGCUUGUGCUCUCUGAUGCAGAUGGGAAUUUGCCCGAUUUUGGAAGCGAUGUAUGCUACAUCUGGGAAUUCAAUUUUCGGGAUUUUGAUGUUGAUAGAGACCGUUGCAAUAUGGAUUCUAUUGAACUCUUAAAGAAUCAAGGAAUAGACUUUCAGAAGAACAAGGAAAAGGGGAUUCACUCUUGCCAUUUUGCUAUUCUGUUUUUAAAUUCUGGACUAGUGUGCAAUUACUCUCAUGUAACUUGGAUUACUUUCCAUGGUGCCUAUGAUUUUGGUUUCCUGAUGCGCAUUUUGAUUGGGAGAGAAUUGCCAAGUGAUAUUGGCACCUUUAUGAGAAUGGUGAGAUUUUACUUUGGUUGGAGGGUUUACGAUGUCAAGUACAUGGCAAGAUUCUGCGAUGGAUUAUAUGGAGGUUUGGAGAAGGUGGCAAAUACAUUGAAGGUGGAGCGGGUGGCUGGGAAGAGCCAUCAAGCCGGAUCAGAUAGUUUACUUACUCUGCAGACAUUCAUAAAGAUGACAAACAUAUUUUUCACAGGAAAGAUAAAGCAAUUGAACAUGUAUAAAGGUGUUUUACAUGGUCUAGAGGUGAUGUAUUGAAGUUGUUCAUAGCCGUGAGUUCCAGGUUCCCAAGAGUG